CUAAACUUCUCUGCGGGCGCCUGGCUGCCUGUCGACGGACUCCAGCUCCUCUCCUCUCCGCCCAGAGCUCCAGAGCCACAGGACUCCCCCCGAGCCGCGGCCCGCAGUCCGCCAGAGAUGGCCUGGAGACAGCAAGAGGGCAGACAGAUGAAAGAACUCAUGCAACCUGAUAAAUACCCGAAUACCUCCAACCAGAAUCCGGACAGCAGAAGACAGCAUGGUGGAGAUCAAGGUGGCUGUCAGGGCGGGUCGUCCUCAUCCUUUUCAUCAUGUCCUUCAUCAUCAGACGAAACCAAGAAAGACCUGAAGAACCAGGAUAAGAAGACACAACACGGCAGGAGACUGGAUGGCCCUGAGACCAGCUCCUCUAGUGCAUCUUUUUCAUCACUGAAAUGUCAAGAGAACCUGAGGGUGACGACACAGGAUGGCAGUGGAGGUGGCGGCAGUCAGGCCAGCUCUUCUUCCUCUCUCCAUCCUUCUUCACCAACAAAAAGUGGCGGCACUGCAAAAGAAGCCUGCCAAGGCGGCGUGUCGAUGACACAGCAAGGCAGUGGAGGUGGUUUUCAUCAGAGUGGCUCCUCAUCUUCAUCAUCUGGCAGUUCUUCCACUCAACAGGGGAAACAUGGUGAAAAAGGCCCAGACAGCCAGGGGAUGAAGACACAGCAUGGCAGUGGAGGCGGUGAAGGUUUUGGCCAUGCCAGUUCUUCCAAUCCUCCGUCUUCUCCAUCAUCCCAGAGGUUUUGGAAUCAAAGUGACGAUCAGGGAGGGAAAGGUCCAGGAAAUCACUCGAAGACACAGUAUGGCAGUGGAGGCGGUUGGGGUUAUGGCCAUGCCAGUUCUUCCAAUCCUCCGUCUUCUCCAUCAUCCCAGAGGUUUUGGAAUCAAAGUGACGAUCAGGGAGGGAAAGGUCCAGGAAAUCACUCGAAGACACAGUAUGACAGUGGAGGCGGUUGGGGUUAUGGCCAUGCCAGUUCUUCCAAUCCUCCGUCUUCUCCAUCAUCCCAGAGGUUUUGGAAUCAAAGUGACGAUCAGGGAGGGAAAGGUCCAGGAAAUCACUCGAAGACACAGUAUGGCAGUGGAGGCGGUGAAGGUUUUGGCCAUGCCAGUUCUUCCAAUCCUCCGUCUUCUUCAUCAUCCCAGAGGUUUUGGAAUCAAAGUGACGAUCGGGGAGGGAAAGGUCCAGGAAAUCACUCGAAGACACAGUAUGGCAGUGGAGGCGGUUGGGGUUAUGGCCAUGCCAGUUCUUCCAAUCCUCCGUCUUCUCCAUCAUCCCAGAGGUUUUGGAAUCAAAGUGACGAUCAGGGAGGGAAAGGUCCAGGAAAUCACUCGAAGACACGGCAUGGCAGUGGAGGUGCUUCUGGUCAGACCGAGUCUUACUUCACUCCUCCGUCGUCUCCAUCUGACCCAAGCUUGAGAAGUGAGAGCUCAGCAGAGGAGUCCAAGUUUCAAGCGGUCGAGAAUCAUUUUGCAGAGGUAAAGGCUUCGUCGUGCUGCAGCUCCACCGAACUGAAGCGAAUUGAGGACUGCAGGGACGUCCUGGGAAUACUGAAGCCCAGCAAGAAGCACACUGUCCUCAUUGAUUGUGACACUUUCAACAACAAUUCCCGGAUCGUUCCUUUCUCAGGAGAGCACAAGUGGAAACCUAACUUUGUGAAGCUGCCGUGUUCACAGAUCCAAAGUCAAGGCAUGUUCAGUCAGGACUCCAGGUGGAAACAGAUCAAGAAACAACUCGGCAAUUUGGCUUCAAAACCAACGGCCAGCGUCCGAGACGUGGCGGAAGCCAUCCUCAGUUUCAACCCGAAGUACAAUGGCCAGUGGACGUUUGGAUCUCUCGACAACUUUGUUCGGUGCCUCCCCAGAACAGAAAAUUACGUUGACAGGCUGUUUCCAAAGAUCGCCAAGUUGGCCCUGAAGCUGCCGGACGAAGUGAAGACGGCCAUCCCUCUGCUGCGUAGCGGACACGUUGCAGCCAUCACUCUGUCACAGACUCAGAUCGCCUGUCUGCUCGCCAACGCCUUCUUCUGCACAUUCCCCCACCGCAACACCACCAGGCCCAACGCAGAGUACCACAACUACCCCAGCAUCAACUUCAGCAGUCUGUUUGGAAACCGGUUGGAGCGGAAGAUUGAGAAGCUGAGAGCCAUCAUGCAUUACUUCAACACCGUGACGGACAGCAAGACUGACCUGAGCGGACUGGUGACGUUUGAGAGGCGCCUCCUCAGAAAAGAUGAUGAACCUCAGUGGAAGAGCUGCACAGAGAAGAUCAACAGACUUUACGUCACAUCAGAAGGUCACAUUGAGAAGGAAGGUCGGGGUCUGCUGCAGGUGGACUUUGCCAACUGUUUGGUCGGGGGAGGAGUUCUGGGUUCUGGUCUCGUUCAGGAGGAGAUUUUGUUCAUCAUCAAUCCAGAACUCAUCGUGUCCCGACUCUUCACUGAGAGACUGCAAGACGGCGAGUGUCUCAUCGUCACAGGCUCGCAGCAGUUCAGCUCUUACUCGGGCUACUCGGACUCUUUCGAGUGGCUCGGACCCCAUGAGGAACGCCUGCACAGAGACGAGUGGCGCCGGCUGCAGAGGCAGAUCGUGGCCAUCGACGCAGUGCACUACCGGAACCCGAGAGACCAGUACAGCAUGGGCAAGAUCACUAGAGAGCUGAACAAGGCGUACUGCGGGUUCAAGGGUCGCCUCCACCACGACAAUCCCGACAUCGCCACAGGAAAGUGGGGCUGUGGAGCUUUUAACGGAGACCCUCAGCUCAAAGCUGUGAUCCAGCUGAUGGCGGCUGCAAAGGCCGGCCGAGGUUUGGCCUUCUUCACCUUCCAGGACAAACUGCUGGAGCGACAACUGCAGGGAAUGCACCACCUGCUGGUCACCAGCGGAAUUACAGUCGGCAAACUCUACGGACUCCUGCAGGACUACUGCUCCAGGCUGUAUGGCGGCGCCCACCUGGACCUGUUCAGCUUCCUCCAGAGAGCACUCAAGAGUGACUGGAGUCAUCUGUGAAGGGGGCGGGGUCAGGGUAGAAGUGGGUGGAGUCUGGUGGGUCUGAGAUCAGCUGUGGAGUCAUGACGAGUGGGUGGAGUCUGUUGUGAGAUCAGCCGUGAUGUGGGCAGAGUCACGAGUGGGUGGAGUUUAGUGUUGUGUGAGAUCAGCUGCGAAGUGUAAUGAGUGGGCGGAGUCAAAAAUCCUAAAAUUCUUUUGAUCACUGAAAAUCAAGUUUUUGUGUGAGAUUUCUUCUUCUGUGGUUUCUUGUACUUUUCCGCCGUAACGGUGAAUAAAAGCUGAUGUUGAGGUUUACUGAAGGAAACACGAGUUGAUUAGACAGUCGUGUGUGAACUCUGACCCCAGUGAAGAGACCCCAGGCUGGGAACCACUCAUAGAAUAAAAGCUUUUAUUAUUACUCACUCACCAGUCGGGUGUGAUAUUUAGGUAAGAAACUAUAUAAAAGUAAUUUACAGUAGAACUGAUGGAAAGUCUGCUAGUGUCUAUAUUCUCUGGUUUAGUGAAGAGCCUGAAGCCUGUCGGCUGCUUGAACUGAUAAUCUGCUCCACUGAUCACUGUUAAACCUUCAUGUUGUAAUCUGGAUGAAUUUCUGCUUUUAAUUUGAAAAUUAAUGAUAUAACAGUAUUAUGAUUAAAGCUUCUCAAGCCA